UCCAGAUUGAACUUCUAAGUUACGUUAACUUGUCGCUUCCUCUCCUACAAUCAUGAGUGCAUCAGGCCAUGGAAGUUCAGAAACACAGACAUACAGCAGCGAUACAUGCCAUGCCUAUGUUGAUGGCGUCUUUACUUCAUAUGGCUAUGUGCCCUCGCUCACCGCAGCCUCUACCUUUGUAGCCCUCUUCGGCGUCUCGAUGCUAGGCCAUGCCAUCCAAAUGGUGUGGUUUCGAACUUGGUGGUGCUCCGUGUUUUCAUUAGGAUGUUUAGUCGAAAUUCUAGGUUGGGCAGCCCGAAUUUGGUCUGCUAAAUGUCCCUACGCUCAGACACCAUAUCUCAUGCAAAUUACUACCCUUAUCAUAGUACUAACAUUCUUUACCGCAGGAAUCUACGUCCUGCUAGCCCGCUUUAUCUGUAUAUUUGGUCUCCAAUCAUCCAUCCUUUCUCCUAAGCUCUACCUCUGGAUAUUUUGCACCUGCGACAUCAUCUCAUUAGUCGUCCAGGCAGCAGGAGGCGGAAUGGCUUCAUCGGGAGCUGGCGAAACUGCUUCCCCCUCCUCCGCCUCCUCCUCCUCCUCCUCAUCGUCUCAGUCAACCGGAACACACAUCAUGGUCGGCGGCAUCAUCUUCCAGCUUGUGGCCAUAACAGUCUUCGUUGCACUUGGAGCUGAUUUUGCUUGGCGCGUGUUCUGCCGCGAAGUGCCCUGCCGCCGGGGUAAUGCGCACAUGCCAGUAGUGAUCGCUUUAUUCUCGGCCAUGGUUUUCUCGGUUUUGUUGAUAUAUAUUCGGAGUAUCUAUCGGACCAUCGAACUGCUACAUGGCUGGACGAGCUCAACGAUGCGGAAUGAGAAAUUGUUGAUUGGGUUAGAUGGGGCGAUGAUGGUGCCGGCUGUUAUUAUUUUUAAUCUGUUCCAUCCGGGGCAACUGCUGCGAAAAAUUGAAAUGCGGGCGAGCUCGGUACCUAUGGUUAGCGAGCAGACACUAGUCUUGGAGGACUUGGAGGAAGACAGUCACGGGGAUAAGUUAGGAUUGCUGGGAAGGAAGGAUGAUUCAGCGAACAACGGAUCUCGGUAUAAUUGAUGCCGUGAUGAUUGGGCCUGGCGUCUUUUAUGAAGGACCCAAUGUUGGGCAAUUU